UUUCCGGAAGCCGAGGGUUCCAGCCCGGCCUGCACUUCCCCACGUGUGUCCCAGGCAGCGCGCUCCUAGACUGACCCCGGGCGCGGGUCUGCGGGCGGCUGCAGUGGGACCCCCUCCCCCCAGUCCCACCGGCUCCGGCCCGUAAUGAAUCGCUACAUUCUGCCGCUGUCCGUGCUGGGCACAGCGGUGGGUGGCGCCGUGCUGCUCAAGGACUUCGUCGCCGGCGGGGCUUGUCCCAGCAAGACCACCAUUCCCGGGAAGACCGUCAUUGUGACCGGCGCCAACACGGGCAUCGGGAAACAGACGGCCUUGGAGCUGGCCAGAAGAGGAGGUACCAUCAUUCUGGCCUGUCGAGACUUGGAGAAGUGUGAGGCAGCAGCCAAGGAGAUUCGAGGGGAGACCCUUAAUCACCGUGUCAACGCCCGGCACCUGGACUUGGCCUCCCUUAAGUCCAUCCGAGAGUUUGCAGCGAAGAUCAUUGAAGCAGGUUGUAUCAUCACCCCUAUUACAGAAGGGGAAACUGAGUCACACAUUUGUCCUCACCCCUGUCUUCCAGAGGAGGAGCGAGUGCACAUCCUGAUCAAUAAUGCAGCCGUGAUGCGGUGCCCCCACUGGACCACCGAGGAUGGCUUUGAGAUGCAGCUUGGCGUUAACUACCUGGGUCACUUCCUUUUGACGAACUUGCUGCUGGACAAGCUGAAAGCCUCUGCUCCUUCGCGCAUCAUCAACCUCUCGUCCUUGGCCCACGUUGCUGGGCACAUAGACUUCGAGGACUUGAACUGGGAGAAGAGGAAGUAUGACACCAAGGCAGCCUACUGCCAGAGCAAGCUGGCCGUUGUCCUCUUCACCAAGGAGCUGAGCCGGCGGCUGCAAGGCACGGGUGUGACUGUCAAUGCCUUGCACCCUGGCGUGGCCAGGACAGAGCUGGGCAGACACACGGGCAUGCACAGCUCCACCUUCUCCAGCUUCACGCUCGAUGCCAGUAGCCCCCACCAGCCGGGUGAGACCCCCAGAACUGUCUGCAGACAUUGCCACACGUCCCCGAGGAGGGAAACUCGCCUUCGGUCGAGAACCACGGAUGGAGGCGGAUCUGGAUAUGUUUGUGGGUCUGUGAGCGCGCCGAGGGUGGGGUCAGGUGGAGCUAGUCACCAGCACACGGGGGCCUCGCUUGUUCUCACCUGGGCUUCAUUGGGGUGGAGUGCAGCUGACAGGCAAGGUGCUGGGAAACAGGUCGUAACGGAAAACAGUACAGGCAACUGACUCAGGGCAGCCUAUCUCCUAUGGAAGACAUGUCACGAAACCCAGAGGUCCUCCUGAAGCUGCAGGGCAGGCGCUGCUGAAAAUCCGGCGAGGGGUCUUCUUAUCACAGUGGCAGAGCUUCCAAGGAAAUGAAGUAAGCAUUCUUGGAACCCACCUGAGACCUGGGAUUGGGUCAUUGGUGUGGACGAACCUGAAGAUCUUGAGCUGCUCAGUUUCCCUGAGAACACCCCCAUUGCUGGAGACUAGCACCCCUUGAGGGAUGGUCGUGGUCCUUCCUCAAGCAGGUGCCUCACAAGAUGAUGUUCAUCAUCUCGAGGUCCGCCUCAUCACCUGUGGCGAAUCCCAGCUCACACGCUGGUGCAUUGCAGGGUCUGGCUGAGAUGAACCUGGGGACCAUACCUGGGAGUGGAUUUCGGGGGAGUUAGACUGGGCAUGAAAUAUGAGACCAGCUGUGGAGAAUCCAUGGGCAGAGGGUCACUCAUCUAUAAUGAAGGUUUUAUUUAAUAUUUUGGGCUUUCUGGGUAGCUGGAGACUGUGGCAACUGCAUGAGAACGUGUCUCCCACAUAACCUCUAAAGACGGUGCAGCCUUAUAUUAAUGUCCUGAUUUCGUUGAUUGCACUGUGGUUACGUACGAGAACGUCUUUGUUUGCAGGAAAAACCAUCAGGAUUUAGAUGGUGGGGCAUCAGGUCUGCAACUUAGUCUCAGACAGCUCAGGUAAAAGUCCUUUGGACUUAAAGUAUAGCUGAUUUACAAUAUUAUAUGAGUUUCAGGCGUACAACAUAGUGAUUCACAAUUUUUUAAAAAAAUUUAUUUAUGUAUUUUUUUGGCUGCAUUGGGUCUUUGUCGCUGCGUGCGGGCUUUCUCUAGUUGCGGCAAGCGGGGGCUACUCUUCCUUGCGGUGCCUGGGCUUCUCAUUGCGGUGGCUUCUCUUGUUGUGGAGCACGGGCUCUAGGAGCAUGGGCUUCAGUAGUUGUGGCAUGUGGACUCAGUAGUUGUGGCUCACGGGCUCUAGAGUACAGGAGUUGUGGCGCACGGGCUUAGUUGCUCCGUGGCAUGUGGGAUUUUCCUGGACCAGGGCUCCUAACCCGUGUCCCCUGCGUUGGCAGGUGGAUUCUUAACCAUUGCGCCACCACAGAAGUCCUGUGAUUCAUAAUUUUUAAAGGUUAUACUCCAUUUAUAGUUAUUAUAAAAUAUUGCCUAUAUUCCCUGUGUUGUACAAUAUAUCAGUUUACCUUAUUUAUUUUAUACAUAUGUGUGAAAACCACCACCAGAAAGAGAAAGGUGUGAAAAUAGUAAAAAAGCAUUCAGACAGAUCAGGGCACUGACUACUGUGGUCUUGGAAACGUGACCCUCCUUUGAGAGAAGAGAAUUGAAAUUAAAGGAGAGAGGUACCUUUUGUAUACUGCAUGGAGAAGGGAAAAAGGAGAGAGAAAGAAAAAUUAGGAUUUUGUAAGAAAAAAAGGAAAAAAAAAAUCAAGGACUUAAAACUCCCCCUAUUUGCUAGUCAUCUAGUAAAAAGCUGUACUUCACUACCCUGACAGCAGAGGGCACCCUUGUACUAAAAACUUUAUGGUAGCAAUCGCAAGUGUUAAAUAUAUAUUUAGGAAUACAUUGAACAAGAAAUGUGCAAAUCACCCCAAAGCCAACAGCUCUCUACAUAGAAAUGCAUGGGCACAAAUAGGAAUUAUCAAACACUGCCACCAAAAGAAGCCACCCCCCCACCUCCAAAAAUGAGAAUCCAAAAAUUCAGUUGAUAUACACCUAAGAGCAGAAUUGCUGUCAUGUGGUAACAACUUGAGGAACUGCCAGAUUGUUUUCCACCCGAGUUCGGAAAAACAUUAUUCACAACAGCCAAAAUGUGGAAGCAACCCAAGUGCCCAUCACCAGAUGAAUGGUGGUCUAUCCAUACAAUGGAAUAUUAU